UGUAGAACAGAAAAAUUCUUCGUUGUAAAUACUACUUUCUUGAAGGGACCACUGAAAAAAAACAAUAAUCUACGGUGCCGAAAACCGAAUGCGGUGCAAUUUAUUUAUCCCCUGUGCCAGCGAAUUAUUCUACCGUAUCUUGAAGGAAGGCUGCCUACAACUAGCCCCCUGAAAAAAUAAAAGUAUGAUUGCUCCCAUCGAUGUGGCUGAACAGAUCGAAGGUCGACCAAAGAUCGACGUCGACCUGCUUACAGAGGCCUCUGUAAGUGGCGAAGUCUUUUCAAGGAGGAAGAGCAAGGUGCAAUUUCAUGCAGUCGAAGUACGUGAGUAUGCUCGUUCGAUUGGUGACAAUCCAACCGCGAUGGAUGGACCUCCUCUUGGAUUGGGUUGGACUUAUCAGAACCUGAAAAGAAGCAGUUUUUCAGAAAAAUCGCAGCGCACCGAAAGCAACAUUGUUGUAACUACGGGCAGUGAGACUGACACCACUGUUGACGACCACGAUGAAUCUAUCACCAUUCCCAUUGACGAGUACGAAACCGCGACAAAUGAACGGCGUCGCCGCCGAAUCAUGAAGCUAUUGAAACUCAGAGAAAACGCGACAUUUCAAUUGAAGAAACAGAGAAGUCGCGCCACUCAGCGGCAGGCAAGCACUGGGAACUACUACUAUAAAAGCAAAGAAAAGGACGACAAGUUGGAUCCCAACGAGCUUACGGAUGAGCAGAUCAACCAACUGAGUGCAACGUGGCUAAAGAUCCAGCCAGUCCCUGGAAAAACCCGCCGAAAGAUUUUGCUGGAAGCAACCGAUAUGUCCCAGAAUCAAAUUGAAGACACAGUUCGUGAGCUAGCGAAACUCCGAAAUCAGCGUCGAUCCACGCAAGCAAUGGCGGAGACUGGUCUUGACGACUUUCAAGCAGCAGUGGAGUUCUGUGUCCGACGCUUGCGGAGAAUACGAUUGGGAAUGAGCAAAAAACGAGAGCAGGAACUCCUAUGGGAAAAGGCUGAGGAAUACUGGAAGAGUAUUGAAACGCCUCAUUUCAAUAGAGACUCCGCGCCCCGUAGCGCUCUAAAAGUGUGUGAAGUUGACGACAAAACAGAGGACUAAACGAUUCCGACAACCCAGAAAUAGAUAAGUUUGCACUUUCGUUGAACGUGGCAUAGGGAGCGCGAAGAUUACAUUCCGAAUGUUGAUUUCAUAUCCCAAAAGUUCACACCGUAGGCCUGUGUAGAAAUGAAUUCUAUAGUUUGGCUUGAAUUUAGCAAACAUUAACAUUUGAAAUGUUAGCAGGCAAUGGUAUCCUUCUUCCUCAAUUUUAGAUCCCUUCUUCCUCUUUUUAAGGUAUGUGCAAGACCCAAAUAAUUGUUUUGGGAAGGUAGUGCACUACCACAUUGAAGAAUGGGGACUACAGUGAUAUGCUAACGCUCCAAAGGUCAACUUUAAAAUAACAUUUUGAACAUUAU